AUGAGUAUGCCCCAGAUGGAUGCCGCCCAGCAGGCCAAGCUGCAGCUCAUGCAGGAGAUGGAAAUCGAGAUGAUGUCCGAUCUGUACAGUCGGAUGACGCAAGCGUGCCACAAGAAGUGCAUCCCACCCAAGUACAGCGAUGCUGAGCUCGGCAAAGGAGAGUCCGUCUGCCUGGACCGCUGCGUGGCCAAGUACCUGGAAAUCCACGAACGGAUAGGCAAGAAGCUGACGGCCAUGUCCGCCCAGGACGACGACCUCAAGAAGAAGAUGGGCGUUUAGAGUUGCUGGUUCAAUAUCCCUGUAGUUUUAGCUCGAGAUAGUAGAUUGGCUAGUUUUUUUUUUGUUUUGAUUCCUUUUAUAUUGCGUUUAUCAUUGAAAGCCAGGGUGAAGUUAUAACCGCUUUCUCGUUGUGAUGGCAAACCUUCGUCAGGGCUCUCGUGUAAUUUGGAAUGGCCUCAAAGCGGUUCAUAAGUUUUAUUAUGUAUGAAAUACGCUACGAAGCAAGUGUUCUGAAAUGUGCGAAACAAUAAAGAAAAAUGUUUAACCCAGGCUAAUGGUGUUCGGUAACCCAACUGGGUACCUGUA